CUUCCCAUCCUCCGCUCGCAUCCCGGCGUGGGGAGGUUGUGGAGCAAGCGCUGGGUUUGUGCCGGGGCCUGUGCUCGGACCUCCGCCCGGCGGGAUUGCGGCCCGCCGAGAGAUGUGUUGGGCCUGGGCCUAUAAAGAAUGGAAGAAUACAAAGUGUUGAAAGUACUAGGAGAGGGAUCCUUUGGCAGAGUUCUCCUAGUUCAUCAUGGAAUCGGUGACCAAAAGUAUGCGAUGAAGGAAAUAAGACUUCCCAUGUCUUCAUCUGGUAUAGAGAACUCUAGGAAGGAAGCAGAUCUUUUGGCUAAAAUGAAACAUCCGAAUAUCGUUGCCUAUAAAGAAUCAUUUGAAGCUGAUGGACAUCUGUAUAUAGUGAUGGAAUAUUGUGACGAUGGAGAUCUAAUGCAAAAGAUUAAACACCGAAGAGGAAAUUUGUUCCCUGAAGAUAUGAUCCUUCACUGGUUUGUGCAGAUGUGCCUGGCGGUGAAGCACAUUCACGAUAAACGUGUGCUGCACAGGGAUAUAAAAUCCAAGAACAUCUUCCUCACUCAAAACGGGAAAGUGAAAUUGGGAGAUUUUGGAUCUGCACACCUUCUUGCACACCCGAUGUCCUUCGCUUGCACAUAUGUGGGAACUCCUUAUUACGUACCUCCAGAGAUAUGGGAAAGCAUGCCAUACAACAACAAAAGUGAUAUAUGGUCUCUGGGGUGUAUUCUAUAUGAGCUGUGCACUCUAAAACAUCCGUUUCAAGCCAAUAGCUGGAAACAUCUCAUACUUCAGAUAUGCAAAGGGUCCUACAAUCCACUACCAUCUCACUACUCCUAUGAACUUCAUUACUUAAUAAAACAGAUGUUUAAGAGAAAUCCUCAGGAUCGUCCAUCAGCCAGUACUAUUCUUUCAAGAGGUUGCUUAACCAAACUUAUAAAAAAUUGUUUGCCUUCUGAGGUGAUAAAAGAGUUUGAGCAGGUAUUAAAGGACACCAAGAAACAUGAAGGCAGUGCAGCAAGACGAAAGGGUAGUGUCAUGGCUGGUGGAAGCUCAAAUAAUAGGAAAGAAAAUAGGCGAAGAGAAGAUGAAAGUAGCAAUCGUAGCCCCUUAGAAAGGAAAAAUAUUACUGAGGGUUUGAGUGAAGGCACAAAGGAACAAAGGAAGUCUGAGCAAGAGGGAGAUAUUGAUUUGUCACCUGUCCACAGAAGGCAAUGGGAAGAAAGGAUAUCCAAUACUGUACUGGAUGUCCUGGAAAAUGCCUCCUUGCUUUCUUCCAGUUUUACACCUGAAGAGACUGAAAGUGGUGGUGUUAUAAACUACUGUGAAAAAAAGCCACGUAAGCAAUGGAACAAGGAAACUCCUCGGACUCUGAUGAACAUUCUCACUAAUGCAGAUGUCAGCCUAGCAUUUAAAACAUACACAAUUUAUAAGCCAGCUUCUGAAAAUAUAUUAAGAGGUCCACUUUCUGAUGAAACUGAAGCAUCUGAUGAAGUAGAUGGUGAACAUGAAGAUGUUGUCAUAGAUUCUGAGAGACUUGAGCCUAGAUCUGAUGAGGAUGACACGGACUUUGAGGAAGACGACCCAGACUGGAUGUCGGAACUGAAAAUGGCAUUGAAACACAGUGACUAAAAACUUGAAUUUACUCAUGAUAAGUGAAGUUGGGUGUGCUGGUCUUUAUAAUCAAAAUAGUUGUUAAUAAUUGGUUAUUAAUUAAAUCAUUUCAGUC